GGGGUCACGACGCACGGCGGCCCAGAGCAGCCUGGGAGAUGUAGUCCUCGGACCGUCGCCGCUCGAGGCUGCACAGCCCGCCCUGACCACCGCCACCGCCACCGCCUCCGCGCCCCGCAGCCGCCCAGUUUCCUUCCUCCGGGGGGGGGAAAAAAAAAAUGCCCUUCGGGCCGCUUUCCUGGAAGCAGCAGGAUGUGCCGCUCCACUGUCAGUAGCAACAAGCUGCGCAAACCAUGCAGGAUGAUUUACUGAUGGACAAAAGCAAAACCCAGCCCCAGCCUCAGCAGCAGCAGCAGCAGCAGCAACAGCAGCGGCAGCAGCAUCAACCCCAACCCGAGCCCAGCGCAGCCGAAGCCCCGUCCACGCCCCUCUCCUCAGAGACCCCGAAGCCCGACGACAGCAGCGCAGUGCCGGCUCUCAGUCCCACCGCGGCCCCACCGGCCCCCAACGGGCCCGACAAGAUGCAGAUGGAAUCGCCGCUCCUGCCGGGCUUGAGUUUCCACCAGCCCCCCCAGCAGCCGCCGCCGCCGCCCCAGGAGCCCACGGCCCCGGGAGCAUCGCUGUCGCCGUCCUUCGGCAGCACCUGGUCCACGGGCACCACGAACACGGUGGAGGACAGCUUCUUCCAGGGGAUCCCCCCAGUCAACGGGACCAUGCUCUUCCAGAACUUCCCGCACCAUGUCAACCCCGUUUUCGGAGGCACCUUCUCCCCGCAGAUUGGCCUGGCGCAGACCCAGCACCACCAGCAGCCGCCGCCGCCGCCCGCGCCGCAACCUGCUACGCAGCAGCCCGCGCCGCCUGCGCAGCCCCCGCAGCCCCCCGCUGCCCCGCAGCAGCGCCGCUCGCCCGCCAGCCCGAGCCAGGCGCCCUACGUUCAGCGCAGCGCCGCGGCGGCCUACGGCCACCAGCCCAUCAUGACCAGCAAGCCGUCCUCGUCCUCCGCCGCCGUUGCCGCCGCCGCCGCCGCGGCCGCAGCCUCGUCCGCCUCGUCCAGCUGGAGCACCCACCAGGGCGUGAACGCGGCCGCCUGGAGCGCGCCGUCCAACCCGUGGGGCAGCCUGCAGGCGGGCCGGGACCCUCGCCGGGCGGUCGGCGUGGGCGUGGGUGUGGGCGUGGGUGUGCCUUCCCCGCUCAACCCCAUCUCGCCGCUCAAAAAGCCCUUCUCCAGCAACGUGAUCGCGCCGCCCAAGUUCCCCCGCGCGGCUCCGCUCGCCUCCAAGUCCUGGAUGGAGGACAACGCUUUCCGGACAGAUAAUGGUAACAAUCUGUUGCCAUUUCAGGACCGGAGUAGGCCCUAUGACACUUUUAACUUGCACUCGUUGGAGAACUCCUUAAUGGAUAUGAUAAGGACUGAUCAUGAGCCUCUGAAAGGUAAACACUACCCUCCCAGUGGCCCACCAAUGAGUUUCGCUGAUAUAAUGUGGAGGAAUCAUUUUGCAGGACGCAUGGGAAUAAAUUUCCACCAUCCAGGAACAGAUAAUAUUAUGGCACUUAACACCAGGAGCUAUGGGCGGAGACGAGGUCGUUCGUCUCUCUUUCCCUUUGAAGAUGCCUUCCUGGAUGACAGUCAUGGUGAUCAGUCCUUGUCAUCUGGCUUAAGUUCUCCUACUCGCUGUCAAAAUGGGGAACGCGUAGAACGCUACUCUAGAAAGGUGUUUGUUGGAGGACUUCCCCCAGAUAUUGAUGAAGAUGAGAUCACUGCCAGCUUUCGCAGGUUUGGACCACUCGUCGUAGACUGGCCUCACAAAGCUGAAAGCAAGUCCUAUUUUCCUCCUAAAGGCUAUGCCUUUCUGCUGUUCCAGGAGGAGAGCUCAGUGCAAGCUUUGAUAGAUGCCUGCCUAGAAGAAGACGGAAAACUGUACCUGUGUGUGUCAAGCCCCACCAUCAAGGAUAAACCAGUGCAAAUUCGACCGUGGAACCUAAGUGACAGUGACUUUGUAAUGGAUGGUUCUCAGCCCUUGGACCCCAGAAAAACUAUCUUUGUUGGGGGAGUUCCACGACCCCUUCGAGCUGUCGAACUGGCGAUGAUCAUGGACCGUUUGUAUGGUGGUGUCUGUUAUGCUGGCAUUGAUACGGACCCGGAGUUGAAGUACCCUAAAGGUGCUGGUCGCGUGGCAUUCUCCAAUCAGCAGAGUUACAUUGCAGCCAUCAGUGCUCGCUUUGUGCAGCUCCAACACAAUGACAUUGACAAACGGGUGGAAGUGAAGCCAUACGUGCUGGAUGAUCAGAUGUGUGAUGAGUGCCAGGGCACGCGCUGUGGUGGGAAGUUUGCCCCAUUCUUCUGUGCCAACGUCACCUGUCUGCAGUAUUACUGCGAAUACUGCUGGGCCAGCAUACAUUCCCGAGCUGGGCGGGAGUUCCACAAACCACUGGUGAAGGAGGGAGGAGACCGCCCUCGUCACGUCCCAUUCCGCUGGAGCUGAACCCAGGGCAGACCCAGCCACAAGUACUGGAGUAGCUAACAAGGAGGGAAAAGAGAGGGCACUGCCUCAGGGCUUACAGCGUUCUGGAAAUCUGUGCAUUCGUUCUUGAUUUUUAAAGAAGAAAUGGGUCUUUUUUAUUAUUAUUAAUUAUUAUUUACAGUCAUAUUACUGAACUCAGUGUCCAGUAUAAUGCAAAAUUUCAGAGUGUGUAAUGGUACUGAUUUGCACUUUGAUUCCCACCUUUGCUUGGUACCUUGAUUUCUUCCUCCUGAUCUGUCACUCGUGACAGUACCUAGACUGCCAUUCUCAUCAGCGGCCACCAGGUUGACAUCCAUGAUGUUUUUGUUUGUUGUGUUGUUCUUCUGGUUGUUUUCAACUGGAGCAUGCACUUAUUUUCAGAAAUUUAGAGAGUUGCCCCUAGGAGAAGACUUACCAAAGGUACAAAUAACUUGCGAAUAGGUGGCAGGUGUAGCAAAAACUUCACAGCAACUCAGCAAUCAUUAGUUGGGGUCAUUUAGAGUAAGGAUAACCCUUAAUGAAAAUAAGCCUUUUAGUUGCUCUCGAUUUUGACAUGUAAGGAUACCUCAUAUGCUGGAUCUUUUGUUUCCUUCAUGUUUGAUUUCCAUUUUGCGGAGGAUUUUUGGUUAGAUCUUUUAGUGUUAUAUACAUGUAUGCUGCAAUAGCUUUUGCUGCUAUGAAAUGGUAUUAUUAAUACCAUAAUACUCUAUCCAGGCUAAAGUAUCAAUUAGAAAGCCCAACAACACCUUUUUUUUUUUUUUUUUUUUUUUUUUUGUGACUUAGGGAUAGAAUCAGCUGCUGAAAGGAGAUCAGAACCGACUUCAGAAAGCUUCACCGGAAGGUCACUAUUUCUGACUGCAUGUUUACUUAAUCAGGUUGCUGCAUGCAAUAAAUUUUAUAUCCAAUGUCUAGUAUAAAAACCUUCCCACAAUGCACAAAUUAAGAAAUCUAUAUAAGCUAUACAGUACUGAUUUCUUUUUCAAAGAUUUUUUUUUCAUUCAAAGAAUUGGUGAUUGACUGGAGGAAGGCAUGCCUCAAUAAAUGGAAUGCUUCUGAAAUUAAGAAGACCCAUAACAGAAUGACCUAUAUUACAACCAAUAUAAACCUAGGUGUAGGAUAUUCUUAAAGCAAAUUUGUGGAUGGUAGAUGAAGUACUUUGCGGUGCUCUGUUAUAUAUUGUGCAAUUUAUUUUAUAUAGUAAAGUGAUUAUGUCUAACUGUGAUCAAAUUUAACUGUUUAAAGCCUCUGUGUCAGACAUUAACGAACUUUACAGUUCCUAACCGGUAUAUUAUUAACUAACACAUGAGCUCUUAGUUACAACCUCCUAGUGCUUGCACCAUUUUACAUAGCUUCAGACCUUGUCCAGAAAACCAAAGAGCUCAUCUUAGCUUACAAACACUAGGAAUAUAUACAGUAUAUAGAGAUAAGUUGUCAGAUUGACAAACUAGGCACAUUUUAAGAAAAUUGUGUGAUGGUGAUGCUAAAGAAAUGCCUGUAUGAAAUAAUACAGCCUGGGCAGGUUUGAUUGUCUGGGAGAGAAAUUAACUACUUAAUUCCCUGGAUUUCUCCUGUAAAGCUUGAAUAGAAUUAAGACCUGCUAGUACGAGCAUGGACAUUAUUUUAGCAUUCACUUUUGGGCUGCAGAUAGUAAUAUAUAAACACACACAAUGAUUGUGAGACUGUGUAAAUCUUUUUUUUUUUUUUUUCUAAUCUUCCUAUGUUUUGGAAUUCUGGGGACAAUCUGACUGGAUAUGACACUGCAGAUUAGAUUUAAGUCAUUUGUGUUUUAUGUGCUGUGAUGUCCUUGUACAGUCUUAAGUUAAUAUUGCUUGUUUUGUUUUGCUUUGUUUCUCCAGUGUUUAGUUGCAAUUACCAGCUCUCCAACUAUAGUUUAUUUUCAAAAAAAAAAAAAAAAGCAAAAUAGUUUUUUACUGGAUUAAAAAUGCUUAUUAGAAUUCUCCCCCUUUUGCAGUUAUUUCUGGGCUUUUUGGGGAAUAAUUACCUUUUUUCUAGCCCAGCUGUGGUUUUCUGUUUGUUUGUUUUUUUUCUAUGUUUGUGGUUUUUUGUUUUGUUUUGUUUUUUCAUCUGUACAAAAAAUUUUGUUAUGCACUACUACUUUUUGUAUUCUAGAAAGUUUUCAAAAGUUGGCCGAAGAUUUGUUUGUUUGUUUUUAAGGAAAAAGGCAUGCUUUCUGACUGACAUGAUCUUUUGCAAUACCUCAAUUUUGAAAUAUAGGAAAGAAAAAUGAUAUUUUCUAAGUAAGUUUAUUCAGAAAAAUAUAUAUUAAUUUAAUUCUGCAAGAAAAAAAUGAUUUAACAGAUGGGUAACUUUAUUUUUUUCAUGCUUAUUUGUGUUUUUUGAAAAUGAAGAAGUUAGAGCUUUAUAACUAUAAUAUUAAAGAUCAUAUCUAACCUACUGAAAUCUACCUGAUUAUGUGAAAGAAGCAAAACUUUUUGAAGAAGCGCCCCUCUUUCAUGUACUAAAAUAACACAGGUUUUUUUUUGUUGUUGUUGUUAUUUUUUUUUUAAGCUGGAAGAUUGUAAAGAGUAAAGCUAAAGUGAAGGCAAAAAAAAAAAAAACAUUGUCAUGAAGAAUAGGUCACAAAAAAAUAAACUCUAUUUGGUGCUGAAAGUUGUGAAUAGAUGGUGGAAACUCCUUUCCCUUAAUUUGUAUAUUUAUAAUCAAGCAUUGAUUGUGCACGACUGACCAGGAUUGUGAAAGAGUUCUUCUGUUUGUAUUUUUUUAAAAAGAGAACUUUUUUUAGUUUAUUAAAUUAUAACAUGUUCCCUUUUGUUUUGUAAAUAAAUGUGUCCCCCAGUUGUUAGUGUUAUAUGAAAAAGAGAGGGUCCUUCAAAAAAAAUUAUUUUUUAAAACACAGAGGUGUUCUGACCUGCAACUUGACUGGGAAGCCCCUGGGUAUCACAGGUCCUGUUGAGGCCUUUCCUUGAUGUGACACUUGAACUAGUCGAUUUUUUGAAGGCUAUAACCUAACCUCGACUAUUUGUUGUUAUGUGCAAUACUGUUUGUACUGUUUGUAUAAAAAAAAUAGAAAAAAAAAAAGAAAAGAAAAAAGGCAUAAAUCUUUAUUGCAGAUUUAUUUUCAUUGCAAACUUUAGACAUUGUGAUUCACUGAAAUCAUUUUUCUACUGUCAAAUAUGUACCUUUCCUUCAUGCUGGUAUUUUUUCAAUAGUAAUGUAGCCUUUGUACUGAGACAAAUUUUCAUUGUUAUUUUUAGAAAGAUUUUUUGCUAAGGAAAAAAAAUUAAACAUAUUUACAUAUUUUUCAUUUUAUUUCGUAUUUUCUUUAAGGAGUGCUUUCUCAAUCAUUAAUAGAGUUGUUUCUGGGAGGGACUUUCAUAUCUGGUCAAUGUCAUAAUAUUAUUUUGUAUUUUUACUUGGAAUAAAUUAAUUUUAUGAUGCUAAUUCUUUAAAAGUUUAUUUUUUUCAUUUUCAGUUAUUUUUGAAGCUAAAAACCUUUGUAAUAUUGUUACUAAAGUGUCUAGUUUUUUGAAAUGCAAAGCUUUAUGUAUUAACUUGCUGAUGUGGUUUACAAUAGUGUGACAAGGAUGAAAAUGGUUGGUUAUGUAAAGUGACUGGAAAAUGUAAUGGAUAAUUGGGUAAUAAAAUGACAGAAUGAGCAGAACAUGUGAGAUUUUCAACAAGCCUUUUCCUUUAAUUACAGUGGUUUUGUGUAAGACUAGGGAUGUCACAGUACAAUUCCUCUAGGGAUGUCACCGUGGAGUCAUACAACACCAGGUGCAGCCAAAUCUGUGACCCUGAUAAUGAAGUCACCCCUCUGAAGAAAAAAAAAAAAAAGCCACCAGGUUUAAAACCUGGCUAGGUCAACAGAAAUAAUACAUUGCUUCCCCCACCCCCCCAACUGUUCAUUAUGUUCUGUAUAUGCACUUGUAUGUGCUAUGGUGUGUGUGUGUGUGUGUGUGUGUGUGUGUGUGUGUGUGUGUCUGUGUCUGUGUGUGUGAGAAUCUGCCACCAACUGCUGUCCAUAUGUUAGACAGUGCCUUUCACCCUGGCCAGAUCUUUUCCAUACAUUUACAGUGGUGAUGUCCCAGAGACAAAGAAAUUUUACCGAGAAGACACCACCUGCUACAGAGCUGAUUUGGAUGACAGUAUCUCCCACGUGGCCUGCCUGUUGGGCACGAAUGUAUCCUUGAGGAAACACACUCAGACGUCACCACUGUAUAUGGACAGCCUCAGACUUUGUCUUCCUCCACCUUCACCUCCUCCUUGUUAUGGUGACCCUUGUUUGCUCCUCGUAGUGGCAACAUGUUUAAAUCACUCUAAGCAUGAUUUGUCUGUCCUCUUUUUUCCAACACCCACCUGUGAAGACAGCACGAAUGACACCUAAAAUCUUAAACAAAAAUAACCCAUAUAACUGGUGUUGCGUAAACAGAACAUUCAAUGACUUGCUCUAGAUUUGAGGGUGUGUUUCUCCUGGUUCUUGAUGACCUUCCCUAGUUCUGCUGCCAGGGAAACAAGGUUCUCAGUAACCUAGAGAAACACAUGUCCAGAGUUGGCUCUUGGGUAUGCUCUAUGUAUUCAGUUUUGUAAAUAAUAUAUAGGUUAGCUCAAGUUGUGAUGUAAAAUUUUAACUCAGAUUGGUACCACUCGUUGAAAUUUUACAUUACCUUCAAAUAAGCGAUUAGGAACAGAAGAAAUCGGGAAAUUCUUGCUUUAGUGGCUUGAAGGUUAUGCUUAGAUUUCUGCCGAUAUCUUAUGUUUUAUACUUUGUUCGUGAGGCAUGCAUGGCCUAAUGCAGAAUGCAAUUAGCUAAAUUCUGCUAAUUUAUGCAACUAGCAAAUACCUGCUAGUUUUCAUUUUAUCUAUUAUAUUAGCAACAAAAUGGCAUUUAACUGGAUAAAGCUCCUACCUAAAUAUUUGAGUAUUGUGACAUCUCUACUUGCAAGGUCUGAAUGAAAGAUUAGUAAUCACAGACUAAUGAAAAAAAAAGUAUCUUUUUGUUUAAAAUGGCUUAUUUGUACGAGUUGUUUUUUCACCAGUUUGUAUGGUAUGUCAGCUAACAUUUUCUGGGGUUUCUUGUUUUGUUUUUUAAUAAUAACCAAAUUUCUCUAUCUCAGCUGCAAUAGUGUUCCAUUUUACCACAGAAUAUUUUAUAAUUAAUGCUGUUGACUUUAUACCCCAAAAAUGGUUCAAGAAGUGGGUUUGUGGUUUGCAGGGGUGGGGUGGUGUUUAAAUUUGUAUGAUGCUGUUGAAGUUAAUAGCAACAAGCAGAAAAUCUGGGUGCUAAUAUGAGAUAACUUCUCUUUCUCCUUUAUGGAUCUAGUUCUGUUGGGGUAUAAAGUAUUAGGUAUUUGUAUUUUUGCUGUCGAAAUAAUGGACAUAACUUUUAGAGUGUUCACAGCUAAGAUCUCUGUAUUUGUUUUUCAACUAAUAACUAAUUUGAACUGUAUUGUAUCUUUUAUUACUUGUUCUCUUAGAUUUUUUUUUGCUAGUAACCCUUAUCAGCUUCCGCCUCUGGGGCUUGGACUAAUAGUGCUUGUAUGGAACUGCAGUACUGUGACUAACCAUGGAGCUCAAUGCAGCUAUUGCUUACAAUUGCUUAAACUUUGUAGUUUGGACUUAUUAUUUUUUUUUCUGUAAUAACAACUUAUUAAAUCUAGUUGUACGAAGUAC